UCUGCAGCUGCGCAUUUAUGCCCGUAGUUACUGAAAAGGAAAUGUUCAGCUGUUUGAUUUGGAUGUUUGUCCUGCUCUGCAGCUCUCUAACAGAUGAAAACUCUAUCAGAGAUGCUGACAUUUUUCCUCCUUCUCCUGAAAUUGAAAGAGGAUCCACCCUGAAACUAUUUUGCAUUCUUGGAAAACGUUACACACCUCAGAGAAAUGCAAGCCACAUCAUCUGGAAAUUGAAUCAUGAAUUGAUUGCUCGGGAAAACUAUAACAUCGUGAAUGAGACCGUGUCUAGUAUAACCAUCCAUAAUUUCACUUACAGCAAAGCUCAUGUGAAAUGUUUCACUAAAUACUUGGGGAAGGAACAACUUUUGAUUCAUACUGAAGUUAAAUCAGGCUUUCCACCAGACACACCAAGAAAUAUUUCAUGCGUUUAUUACUUUGAAGUUGAACUUACCUGCACCUGGACUUCGGGAAGAGAAACAAAUCUUACAACAAACUAUACUCUUUACCGAAAAAUGAUACCAGAAGAAAGGAUGACUUUUCCAAAAACAGAGGCCUCCUGCCAAAGCAAAACAGAGUCAUGUUCGUUUUAUUAUCCAGAUACUCCGUAUAGUAGUUCUUUUUGUUUUCAGGUGAAAGCGGAAAAUGUUUUGGGUAAAGCUUCAUCAGACUGUGUUCCUAUACCUAUGGAAAAAAUAGAGAAAUUUGAACCUCCUGAAAUACUUUCAGUUAAAAAAAUCACUGGUAUAAGGCAGUUGCUUACAGUGACUUGGAAAAUGCCUGAGAAGAUUGUCCCUUCACAAGACUUAAAUUGCCAGGUUCAAUACAGAAACAUGUAUUCAAACUCUUUGGAGUUUGUCACUGUCGCACUGAAUUCUGCAGAGAAAACAGGCUCAUGUAAUCUCACAGGUCUGUGGGAUUCCACAGAAUAUUCAGUUGCCGUUCGGUGUGUCAGUAUUAUGUCAAAGCUCUGGAGUGAGUGGAGUAGAGGGAUAACAGCAAGAACAGAAGAGAAAGCACCUUCAGAAAAGGUGGAUUUGUGGAGGGUAAUUGGCUCUUCACAUUCAGAUGGAAACAGAUGUGUACAUCUUAUGUGGAAGCCACUAAACAGCUUUCCAGCCUCUGGGAGAAUUCUAGGCUACAAAAUACAGUAUUCUCCAGAAAACAAUGUUGUACUGAAGACGACAAACAUCUCUACUGGUAACAAAACUAUUUUACAUUUGAAUAAAGAGGCAUAUAUAGUAUCUGUUGCUGCCUAUAACUCUGCUGGAAAUUCUCCUGAAGCUAUCUUGAGGAUUCCAUCCACUGAUGAAAAAACUUCUCAGAUGAUUGAAACAGCAAGGACCUUUACAACAAAUGAAGAAGUGGUUGUGGAGUGGAUAGCCUCGGAACCAGAAGUAACUGAAUACGUAGUUGAGUGGUAUGAGGAAGUGGAGACAAAUCCUUUUGGUAGAUUGUGGCAAUAUGUAUCAAAUUCCACAAACUGGAAAACUAACAAAAAACACUUUAAACCAUUUAUAUGCUACAACAUCUCAGUGUAUCCUCUCUAUGGAAAUAAAGUAGCAGCUCCUUAUUCAAUACAAACUUUUGUUCAAGAAAAAGAGCCAUCAGAAGGACCAGUGGCUGACACAGGCAUUCCAGGGAAAAAUGAAAUAACAAUAAAAUGGAAUGAGAUUUCAAAGGAUAAAAGAAAUGGGCUUAUCAAAAACUAUACAAUAUUUUAUAAACCUGAAGAUGGAAAAGAAUUGAAUGAAACAGUGAACUCUGAUGUUCUGCAAUACCGACUGAAGUCCUUACAGGCUAAUACGCAAUAUACUGUUCAUAUCAUGGCAAGCAAUGGAGCUGGUGGAACCCGUGGAGAGCCAAAAACCUUCAAGACUUUGAAAUUCAAUAAAGAAGACAUUAUUUUCAUUGCUCUACCUGUUGGAUUAAGCAUGGUGUUUCUGUUAGGCCUUUGGAUAACGUGCAUUUUGAAAAAACACACGUUCAAAAAGGUUUGUUGGCCUGAUAUACCCAAUCCUGCGGAGAGCAUUGCGGUGGAAUGGCCUCUCGAUCCAUCUAUGACUAAUUCAUUUUUGAAAUCUGAGGCUAAGAUCAUAGACUCUGAAAACAUAAGUGUUUUGGAACCUUCUGAAGGAAGUCAGGAGGGACUGUCACUAAUGAAUUGUGAAAACCAUGUUCCUGAAUGCGAUGAUAUUAACACAAAAGGAAUGAAUUGUGUCAAUAAAAAUAUACCUUACAAUGAAGAAAAUGGAGCUGUUAAAUGUUUUUCACCUUAUGUAAUUACUGAUCAAGAUGUCAGAAGUAAAAGGCAUUUGGCUUGGAUACUAGCAAGGGAAACUCAACCCACAGAAAUGCUGGAAGAGGAUUUAUGUGACUCCCAGAAGCCUUCAAUUAAAAAUGAAGAAAAUGAUAAUCAGGAAGUUUUAAACCUGGAAGAUUUUGGUGAAAAAGCACUGUUUAAUCCAUACCUUAAAAAUUCUGUGAAAACAAGGGAAUUUCUUAUUUCUGAGAACUUGCCUGAACACAGUAGGAAUGAACCCAAAACCCAGACAGCUGUUUUACCUCAACAGAACGUCACAGGACAAUCCUAUGUAACACUGGACAUGUUCAGGCUGGCCACGUCUCAUUAGGUGUGAGAAAGUGCUUCUUUGUAUCAGAGAUGAUACAAAGAUCAGAGAUACAUCACUGCUGCUGCUCAUAUGCAUGCAUGCCUUCUAGCAUCGUUAUUUGGGAUGAAAACACCCCUUUGCUUUGAACACCUGUGAAGUAGCUUUUUGUUCUGUUAGACCUGUCGGGAUUCACUUUCAGACUGGAUGAGUGAGUGGCUGUUUUUCUUGUGUUUGUUUUUUUGCCAGCCCAGAUGUGCCAGUAGUGAGACAAUGGAAGUAGCUUUUCUUGUUUUUUCUUAGUAGUCCCGUGUAAGUCUGCUAAAACAAAGGGAUCUUCACUGCAGGAGCGUCCAGCAGUGCAAGCAGCUCACCAAUAUCCCCCCCGGGCAGUCACUUCCCGUAGAGAAGUUGUGCUGAGGAAACAUGGAAAGAGCCAUGAUCUGCCGAAUCCUUCCUUAACUUACAUGGAGUAGAACUUUGUUCCCGUUCUUGUUUCUCUCGAUUGUUAUGUGUAUGGUUUUGUGCCAACGGUUCCUCCUGUUUCUCAAAUACUCGGUAGAUUUAUGUAAUACUCUUUUUGUGCCCUGGCUUUUAAAUCAGUGGUUUGGCUUGUAGUUUCUUUGUAGUGUCACGAGCAUGCUGUUGACUUAACUGCAUUUUAGAAAAGGUAGAGUUGUGCAGACUUUGUUGCUUCCUUUCCUUUCUCCUGGGUUUUUAGUUGUCCUCUGCAUUUUAUGCUGCUCUUGUUUCUCCUGUUUGUUUGCUACUUUUGAAAGCUCAAUUUACUGCAGGAUAUCUUCUUGUCUUCUUGCUCUUUCACCUCUCAUUUCUCCCAGUUUAAAAAAUGUAAAACUGUAUUUUCCAGUUGAGGCUUUGAUAUUUUAAACUGAAAAAAAACCCCAAAACCCAGCCAAAUACAGCAUCUUGUUUUGGAAUAAGCACUGAAUUUAUAUUUAGGAAACUUAUAUUUUAGGAAACUUUUUUUCUUGGUAGUAUUAAAAAAACCCACUAAUUCUGUAAAAUGUCCCCAGA